UCUGUGUGAAGACUGCUUUUAAAAUCACUAAGAUUAUUUCCUAAAGCAAGAAGGUUGUUUUCAUUUUCUUGCGGGUUGCUAUUCUCUUUUAAGAAAACCCAUCCAUGUGGCAAAGAAUUAGAAGUCUCUAUCUGAAAAUCUGUGCUCUAUUUUAUUGCAAAUCAAGUCGAAAUACCAUGAUUGUUGCCACAAUCACAGAGUUUCAGGAGUCUUCAGCCAGAUGCCGUUGAAUGCAGUCAGGAGACUCCCCUCAGAGUCAUGUGGACAAACAUGUUUGGACAGGACAUUACUUUAGAUCCUUGGAUUGAGUGCCUUUUUCAGACUUCAGAUCAGAACCCAGAUUGCCUCUUUUGACCUUACUGAUCUUUGCUGUGAGCAUUCCUUGUCAGUUUCCUAUAAAGCUUUGUGUUGUUUUUACAAGAUAGGUGACCUGUGGUGAAAGUCAAGCAAGAAGGACAAUGACAAGCACAGUACCUUCCAAGAAGCCUUACCGUAAGGCUCCACCACAACAUCGUGAGAUUCAUCAUGAGCUGCCCAUUCUGUGUGAUGAAUAUGAUGGUGUGAUUUUGGCAGAGCAGAGUCAGGAGCCCUUGACAGAUACAGAAAGGAUAAACUUGUUGCAGCAUGACAAUGAAGAGCUGCGUCAACGUCUGGCCUAUGUCACCAAUAAAAUGGAAGCAAUGGAGAGGGAGUUGGAGUCUGGCCAAGACUACCUGGAGAUGGAGUUGGGCCAAAAUCGAGAAGAACUAGAAAAAUUUAAAGACAAGUUCCGUAGAUUGCAGAAUAGUUAUACAGCCUCACAGAGAACAAAUCAGGAUUUGGAGGAGAAGCUGCAUGCCCUGAUUAAAAAAGCUGAAAUGGAUCGGAAAACUCUUGAUUGGGAAAUUGUGGAGCUCACGAAUAAGCUUCUGGAUGCCAAAACAACUAUCAAUAAACUGGAAGAGCUUAAUGAGCGAUAUCGGCUAGACUGUAACUUAGCAGUGCAGCUCCUGAAGUGCAACAAAUCUCAUUUUCGGAACCACAAAUUUGCUGAUCUUCCAUAUGAACUGCAAGAUAUGGUCAACAAGCACCUGCAAAACACUCAGGGUUCUGUAGGCCCUGACCAGGAGGAACUGCACACCUUGGCUCCAUCUGAUGUUGUGCCCACCUCAGUCAUUGCUAGAGUGUUGGAGAAGCCAGAGUCACUGGUGCUGAACUCAGCCAAAUCCAGCAGUGGAAGUUGCUCUAUGGCUGAAGAUGUUUUUGUGCAUGUCGAUAUGAGUGGCACUCUUCCUGAAGCUUGUGUGAGUUCAAGGCAAGCAGAAAGCAAAGGGAAGGAGGGAUCAAGACAGCAAAAUGGGAGCUGCAAGCCACAGAGCUGCUUGGAGAGCCUGCCUAAUGAGGUGCCCACUUUUGAGAAACUGAGCCCAUAUCCCACCCCACCCCCUCCUCACCCCAUGUAUCCAGGGCGCAAAGUAAUUGAGUUUUCAGAGGACAAGGUGCGGAUCCCAAAGAACAGCCCGCUGCCUAACUGUACUUACGCUACCCGCCAAGCUAUCUCUUUGAGCUUGGUCCAAGGGGAGGAUGAGAACUGUGACAGGCAACGGCCACUUCCCAGCAGCCCAGCCUCAGGUCAACGCUCUGCCUCCAGCUGCUCCUACCAGCCUUCCCCUAAGUUGAGCCGAGUUCCUGGGUCUUCUCAGAGUAGCCCCUUCAGCAGCCCCCCACAGGUUCCCAGCACAUUUGCCAGCUCUGCCAGCUCUGAGGAGGACUUACUAGCUAACUGGCAGCGGAUGUUUGUGGACAAGGCUCCCCCUACCACAGAGCAGGUGCUAGUAAACCGUACUGCAUUUAGCCGUGAUACGGCACAGGAACUUCAGAAACGUUUCAGCCGCUCCAUGCAAGAGCUAGGCCGGGUAGCGUCCGUCUACUCGGAUGGUGAGGAAUCAGUGCAGAGCUGCAGCUGGACUGUAAGCAGAGACUCAAGCAUGGACAAUGACAGUACAGAGCUUCAGCGCCGCCGGAACCACUUCCCUUCUGACUACAGCACAGAUUUCUCCCAGGAUGAAGCCUGCAAAUUGCUGCAAGGGUGUGGUACUGAGGGGAUGGCAGAGCCUGUCACUUCUUCACCAGAGAAGUCCAAAGAUUACAUAGACUACUCAUCUGGGAGCCCAGCUGAAGAACAGGAAAUGCUGCUCCAGGAAAGUAAGGAGAACAGCCAAGAGGGUGUUUCUGAACAGAGCAGGGAUGGCAAGAGCAAGCCACCACCUGGGCGUCCACAUCGCAGCCCCAAGAGAAUGGGUGUUCAUCAUCUACAUCGGAAAGACAGCCUAACCCAAGCUCAGGAGCAAGGCAACUUGCUCACUUGAGAGUGAGGAAGAAGAUUGGUCCUGGCUGCCCAGGUUCACUUCCCAGGGUUGCCUGAGACACGACGGAUUGCCAUCAUGUUAUUUCUGGCCAGGAUUUCUGGGCAAUGUUUUAAGUAUUUACUGUCUUUUUAGUACACAGGAAGAGUGGAGACAGCUCUUCUCUAGCAUCAGGAUGCAUUUGGAUGUAUGCUGGCAUCACUUCUGUGCUAAUAUUCACAGCUCAAGCACUCCUCAGGUGUGGACAAGAGAUAGGAUUGUGCUCUCUGUGCCUGCCCUCUUCAACCUGUCCUCCUUGUCUUGAAGGUCAAGAUCUAGAAAAUAGUUCACUGAGUCCAAUUAUAAUAUAUAUGAUUGGAAAACCAGCACAAUUUUAGAUCUACACAAGCACUAUGACUGUGGUAUUGAAUCUGGUGGUAAUUACCUUGCAGACCUUCCCUCUUAAGGUAAAGGAAAUGGAGCAGUUGAAACAAAGGUACACUUUCUGUCUCCCCUCCAUGCCGUCUUUCUCAGAUCGCUUGGUGAGGAAUUCCAUCUGACUUCAUUUCUUUUCUUCAAAAAUUCUGCCUUCACACUUACUGAUCAACUCCAAUUCAUUCAAAUUAUGUCCUGGGGCACCUGAAGCCUGUAUGUCUACCUUUUUGGCUUGUGGCAUGAAAUAGGAAUAUUCUAUCCCUAUUUUCUUGCCUCAAUCUCCCACCAGGCCAUCAGGUGAAGAAUAUGAAUGAGGUGAGAAGUCUUCUGUGGGUGAACAUCCUCAGUUCUGUAAGCUUUUCGUGAAUUCUGUAAAAUUUUGGUGAAUUCAUGUUUGUUUCUCCAAGCCUUUCUGUGGCUAUAUGCAUAGGUCAACAAGGCAGAUAUGGCACAGGAAUCACCUCUACCAUUUCUUUGUAUGUUGUGUAUGGGGAGGGGCUUCAUACUCUGAAACUUGGGGUUCUUUCUGCCAAACUAGACCUCAGAGCUCCCUGCCAUAGCCACCCAGCAAAACUGAGCUGGAUUGUUUGCCAUAAUGAGCUGAGUCUGUGUAGCUGCCUUUUCAGCUAUCACUUGGGUACUCUGGAUCAUGUCUUGGUGGUGGUACGCUAUGUAAGUUUUCCUUUGGAUUAGUCUUCCUCACUCUUAACUCUCUCUAGAUGUGUUGGGGCUAAAAUUCCCAGCAAGUGUGACUGCGUGGGGAUUUGUUGCCUCAACACUUCUGGAGGAUGCCAAAUUGAAGAAUGCUGCUUAAGGUCUUCAACUUUUAAAAUGUACUUCUCUCUCCUUUUGUGAAUAAGCAAAAAUGUGUAGUGGGGUGGAGUGGUACAUGCUAUGGAAGAAAUAUCAGCUUACUCAUUUGAGUCAUCUUAUGUCUGGUCCACAGAAUUAUUUCACUAGCUGAGGAAGAAAUCCACAUUAAUCCAAGACUAAACCAUACAGCCAGCUUGCCUCUUAAUGACUCUUUUUGGCACAAAAUUAGAUACUUCUUGUUUGCCCCCUUGGAGAUGGCUGAUGAGGAUGGGCAUCCCAAUAUGGGGUCCAAAUUGACACUAGUGCCUUUCCAAGGCCUUAUCCAAGGUCUUUUAUUCCCUUUCCCCUUUUUUGGUUUCUUACUUGUAUUCAGUAUUUUGUUCUUCCUUUGUGGAUAUGUUUUUGUGUGUUAUUUGCGCAUGUGCGCAUGGGGGGGGGAUAAUUUCAUAGUGUUAAGAAUUUUUCAUUAAAGGAUCAAACUUUGAUAUUUGAAUUCAUUAGCCUGCCCUGCUAUUCAUGCAACCAGAGAAACUUCUUGGCUACUUUGGCUUAAUUUUUUUUGACAGCUGUUUGUUUGAAUGAGAUUUCAGUAAUUUUCUAUUAGAGAAUAUUACAGCCUUCCUCCUCAAAUACAGCAAUCUUGUCAUACCUGACUUUUUGGAUAUGGUCUUGUUUAACUACUUCUUAAUGGGCCAUUCCUUUUGUUAGGCUGCUAGCUACUACAUUGUAUUAGUGAGAUGUGACUCAGUAUUUUUUGCUAAUAAACUGGUGCUGAAGACACUAUUCCUUUAGCUUACAUAAUACUUAGUGGUCUAACUUCUUCAGCUAUUUACUUACUUUCUCAUUCACUCUCUUGAUUCAGGUUUUGAAUUCCUAGAACUUUCUCUGCACUACAUGGAACAGGACGCAGGUUUCUAUUUUUUCCUGUUCCAGUCCUCCUGUAUUUUUUAAAAUUAGGUUACUGGAGAUAGGGCAGCUUGGUGACUUUUCAUUUAAAUCAGUAUUGAUUGAAUCCUAUCUAGUUGAAUUGAAAUAGUUCUCAUGAGCUAAUUGGGUCAAUGGAAUUGAUUUGAGACCAUCUCAGUUAGGUAAUGUUAAGUCCAGAUCCAGUUCUCCUUUCUAUGGUUGGCUGCAUAAAACAUGCUGACACAGGUAUAGCUACUAGAUUGACAACAAGAUGAUUUAAACAAAUUUUCAUUCUCUCUUUAGGUACAUUGAGCUAAAGCAGGGAUCCAUGAAGUUCAGCUCAGGGUCACUACCAUCCCUCUUUUGGCCCUCAAAGCCCCUCCAAGUUGGUAGGAUCUAAAAUUUUGGCUUUUUUACAUUUUUUUAAAUGUUGGAAGUGGUUUAAGGGCCAAAAUGGAUAUCUUAAAGCUUGCAGAGGCUAAGGGUACCCAUUUAACCCCUUAAAACUCUUCUAUAAGUGGCCUUUGAAAUGCUGUUAUUGAUAUGCCGCCCAAGGACUGGGAUAGCCCUUUAGCUGAUAACUUAAGGGGCUAAAGGCUGGGGGGAAAGCCAGAAGAAAGGACAUAAUGUUUUUAUUAUAAAUGAGUAGUAUAAUUUAUUAAGUGGAUUACUAUCCUUGUGCAAUCUGGCUUCUUAGCCCUUCACCUCUGGCAGUAUUUUGUUGGAGAACUUGAAUUGACUCAUUUAGCUGCCCCACAUUUUACAGUGUCCCAAUUCGAGACUGUUAAUCUGCAAUUAAAAUGUUUUGGUGGUGGUGGUGGUGGUAUUUUUUUGGGUUUUUUUUUUUUUUGAGAUUUUCAAACUGAUAAUGUAUAUUUUAAAGGCAGAAAUAAAACUAUUUUAAAAGUA